GCGCCGUACACCUUCAGUGAACAGGACACAGAGGCCGCUCGGGGUCUGGCUGCGCCUCCACUGCCAAGCAAAGCCGAGGAGUGCGGCCAGUUUAUGGCAAAGCUUCAGCCCAAAGAUAAGGAUCAGCGGGGCCUGCUCGGACUGCGGAACUUGGGCAACACCUGCUAUCUCAACAGUGCCGUGCAGUGCCUCUCACAGACUGCAUCCUUGCUGCAGAGCCUGCAGAGAGACGCAGACCGCGCCCAGCUCGGUGCCGUCUCCCGCGCCUUCCUGGCCACGGUUCGCAGCCUCUGGAGCGCCUCUACAGCAGAGCCUGCUGUGCCAGGGCAGCUCAAGGCUUGCAUCUCAGCCUCGAGCGCCAGCAACGAGAUUUUUGCCGGCAGCUCGCAGCAGGAUGCACAAGAGUUUCUGCAGGCCCUGCUCGAAGCCUUGGACCGCGACUUGACGGACAGCCAAGAAGCAGCAGGCCCUUCUCUGGUCUCGGAAAUCCUUGAAGGACAGCUCUGUUCAGAAGUGCGCUGCAGCGGUUGCCAAGGCGUGAAUCAGACGUGCGAUUCCUUCUGGUCGCUGCCGCUGCCGCUGCCUCCCACCGGAAGGGCGUCCCUGGCAAGUGUCCUGGAGACUUUCUGCCGCGAGGAGGCUUUGGAGGAGGCGGACAAUUGGCGAUGCGAGAGCUGCACCUCGCAUUCGGCGGAAAGGCGCUUCAUGCUGCGACGGCUGCCAAAUGUCCUCCAGCUUCAUCUGAAGCGAUUUCAGUGGAAGGCACCGCAGGAGCCCCGGCCUGUGACCGAGACUGCUGCGGGCCAGGGCCAGAAUCCCACUCCAGAGCCGCCGGUCAAGGUCGCCAAAGCUUCCGAGCCAGUGGCUCGUGUAGAACACGCAGAAGAUGAGCAAACAGAAGCUGCAGCUGCCGUCCCAAACACCGCAGAUCUGGCAGACAUGACGCCGUUGCAGCGGACUGCCAGGCUUUCGUGGGAGCAACAAGAGAAGCUUUACGGCUUGCUGCUGAGAGUCUUGGAGCGGAUUCGAGAUUCACCCUGUGAUGCCAAACUGCGUUCGAUCAGCGCCACUGCCAAAAGCCUCCGCUCAGAUGUUCUUGAAGUGGACGGGGGCCAAGAGCUGUUGCAGUGGGCCGGCUUCCAGCCAGUUGGCGACCGUUUCCAGGCCGAUGCAGCGGCACUGGGGCCGGAGCUCGUCGCCUCUCGCCAUGCCGAGCUUCAGGCGCAUGCUCUCCAGGAGCGCGACGCCAACUUCCGCCGCGAGCGUGAUGCCCGCAUUGAGGCAGAGCGCCAAAGGCGCUUGCCCACCGGGGACACAGGGCCACCAUUAAGACGCUGGGGAGGCAGACUUCCCAGCUUUGGGAGAGGGGCGCGCAGCUUCGCUGACUGCGGCCUUCAGUGCUCCAAGAUUUCCACUCGAGUAGAGCUUGAAGCCGACCCGGACAAUCCGAGAGGAUUAAAGCCUUUGGAUGUGUCAUGCAUGCUGGAAGAGGGGGCGAAGCAGAAUGACACGACUUACGAGCUAUAUGCCGUCGUGCAGCAUUUGGGUGCCACUCCCUUCUCUGGCCACUACGUGGCGUAUUGCUGGCAUCCGCCAUCCCGCUCUUGGUGGUGUUUUGACGAUUCCAGUGUCCGGCGAGUGGACGCGAGCAGGAUCGGAGAUGAGGCGCUCAAUGAUGGUGCAUACGUCCUCUUCCUGGAGAAAAGCAAGAUGCAUGGAGAAGCGACCGCUUUCGCAAAGACUCUGGACGAGGGCGGCGGUGCCAGCGCUAUCGUUGGCGGAGAUCUUUGGCUGAUCAGCCACAUGCCAGCAAUGCAAGAAGAGUUGGAAGAAGGGCGAGACUUCUCAGUGCUGGCCACGGCCUUCGCCGCUCUGCAAAUUUGGAGUUCUGAUAUGACGGUGGGGGACCAACUCAUCAGCGAGGGCCGCUGGAUGCAGCCAGAGGUGGACUUGCUCAAAGCAUUUCUGCCUGUAGGUGGGGUCGCAGUGGACGCCGGAGCAAACAUUGGCGGCUUCGCGCUUCCGCUGUCCAAGCACGUUGGCCCCGAUGGCCAGGUCCAUGCCUUCGAGCCUUUCCGGAACAUCUUUCAGGUGUUGACCGCGAAUUGCGCCAUCAACGGCCUGCUCAGCUGUUUUACCUACCACAAUGCCUUAGGAAACGCAACAGAGCAGCGCCGCCGACCAAUGCCAGGCCUUGGCGCUGUCGGCAAUCCGUCAAAGUCCUUUGUUGUGGACGAAAUCGCGUCAGAGCUGCUCGUCCACCACGAUAGCCGGGGGCGGAGCGAGACGGUCAGCGUAGUCCGUCUCGACGACAAGCUGAAACUGGACAGACUGGAUGUCAUGAAGAUCGAUGUCGAAAGUGGCGAGUAUGAUAUGCUGCUCGGAGCCGGUGCGACUAUCCGUGCUCACCAGCCCCUUAUUUACGUCGAGGAUUCAGAAUCCGACAAGCCGCCGCCGACCCGAGUGAUGCGACUCCUCUCAGAUUUGCACUCGUACUGGUGUGCUGACCCGAAGGAGUUCGGGCUUCAGUUAAUGACGUCCACGCUGUGUGUGCCACAACGGAUGGUUGGCGAGAUCCGGGACCGCAUCCGCAAGAUCCAAUGGACUUCAGCCGACUUCCGGACCUUCGUUUUCGGAGAACCCGAUGGAGGCUCAACACAACAGACAUGUCGGGAGCACAGCUUGCUUCCGGCCGCACGGGUGUGUUUGCUCGGAGAGUUUUUUCUGGCCAGCUAG